UUAAAUUCUUGGAGGUGAUAAAGCCGUUUUGCGCGGUGCUACCAGAAAUUCAAAAACCUGAACGAAGGAUUCAGUUUCGAGAAAAAGUAUUAUGGACAGCUAUUACCCUAUUUAUCUUCUUAGUAUGCUGCCAGAUCCCCCUCUUUGGUAUUAUGAGCACAGAUUCCGCGGAUCCUUUUUACUGGAUCCGUGUGAUUUUGGCCAGUAAUCGUGGUACUCUUAUGGAACUUGGUAUCUCCCCCAUUGUCACUUCCAGUCUUAUAAUGCAACUUUUGGCAGGUGCAAAGAUCAUUGAGGUUGGUGAUACUCCAAAGGACAGAGCACUCUUCAAUGGAGCUCAAAAGCUCUUUGGUAUGGUCAUCACGAUAGGUCAGGCCAUCUUGUAUGUUAUGACAGGAAUGUAUGGUGACCCAACUGAACUUGGUGGUGGAAUCUGCUUGCUUAUUAUUAUCCAACUGUUUGUGGCAGGUCUUAUUGUCUUAUUACUGGAUGAACUUUUGCAGAAGGGUUACGGUCUUGGAUCUGGUAUCUCCCUCUUCAUUGCUACAAACAUCUGUGAAACUAUUGUGAAAGCUUUCUCUCCGGCUACAGACACUGGCCGAGGUACUGAAUUCGAAGGUGCAAUCAUUGCUCUCUUCCAUCUUCUGGCCACUCGUCAAGAUAAGGUACGAGCUCUUCGUGAGGCUUUCUACAGGCAGAACCUUCCUAAUUUGACCAACCUUUUGGCUACUGUCCUCAUCUUUGGCAUUGUUAUAUACUUCCAGGGCUUCCGAGUCGAUCUCCCUAUCAAGUCUGCUCGUUACCGUGGCCAGUACUCAUCUUAUCCCAUCAAGCUGUUCUACACUUCAAACAUUCCCAUCAUUCUCCAGAGUGCUCUUGUGUCCAAUCUUUACAUUAUUUCACAAAUGUUAGCUGUGAAGUUCCAAGGAAACUUCUUCGUCAGUCUUCUUGGUGUAUGGAAUGAUCCUGGUGCAGGAGGACCAGGUGCUUCAUACCCAGUUGGUGGUUUGUGUUAUUAUAUGAGCCCACCAGAAUCCUUUGGCCAUGUUCUUGAAGAUCCUCUCCAUGCCAUCAUCUACAUUGUCUUUAUGCUUGGAUCCUGCGCUUUCUUCUCCAAGACUUGGAUUGAUGUGUCUGGUUCAUCAGCAAAGGACGUCGCCAAGCAGCUGAAAGAACAACAGAUGGUUAUGCGAGGCCAUCGUGACAAGUCUAUGAUUCAUGAACUGAACCGCUACAUCCCAACGGCUGCUGCUUUUGGUGGUCUUUGCAUUGGUGCCCUGUCUGUUCUUGCAGAUUUCCUUGGUGCUAUUGGUUCGGGAACAGGUUAGUACAGUGUGCAUGUUCAGUUGUUGCAU